GUUGCCUGGCAACGCCGACGCGUCCCCGGUCAGGCCCCGCCGGGAGCGGGACGGGACCGGGCCCCACCGGGGUCCCGGGGCCUCCGCGGGGUCCCUUGUUACCCUGGGCGCCUCAUCACUGCGUCCCCGUGGCUCAGCUCCGCUGUGGGGCUCCCUGAGGCUCUCGCUGCCUUCUGAGGCCCUCUCAAGGAUCCCUGCUCGCAUUUGGGGUUUGCCGAGGUUCCCGUUCCCUUUGGGAUCUUCUGGGACUCCCUGAGUUUCUUGUUCCCUUCUGGGGCAUUCCCAAGGCCCGCACAGUCUUCUGGGGCUCUAGAGGGUCCACACUCCCUUUUGGGUUUCCUCCAUCCGAGACCCCAUUCCCUUUUGGGGAUGGUUCUCAGUCUAUUUCAGCAUCCUCCCUCUCCAGGGUCUCUGUUCACAUUUGGGUCUCCUUGAGGCUCCCAUUCCUUUUUGGGAAUCUUCAUCCUUCUCAGAGCUCCCUGAGAUCCCCGCUCUCCAUCCCUGAAAACCCCACUCCCUUUUGGGAUCCUCUCAGAGGCUCCCACUCUCCUUUGGAACUCUCUCUUCCUCCCUGAGCCCCCUGCUUCCUUUUAGGCCUCCCCAAGGCCCUCCAUCCUCUCUGGAGCUCUCCAUCCCGGAGGCCCCCGCUCCUUUUUGGGGCUCCCUUGGAGGAGCCUCCCCCCCCAGCCCCUCUAGUCCUUUCCAUUCCCUCCCACCAUGGAGAUCAAGUACGAGUACACGCGGAAGCGCAGCGACUUCGGGCGGCCCUGCAGCUUCUCGGACCUGCUGGCCGAGGUGACCGUGGACAUCCCGCCCGACCCCAGCCUGGCCGACAACUUCAUCCCCCAGGACCCCGUGGACUUCGGGGUGCAGGAGGGUCCCGUCAUGGCCGUGCACGAGGAGAAAGCAGCUGGGCAAGGGCUUUUCUUUUCCUUCCCAGUGUAUUGGGACACCAGGAAAGGGGGGCUGCCCAUGGAGAUGACCCCCGUGGAGUUCAGCCACAGGGACCCCGUGUACGGAGCGUACUGGCUGCCCUCCCGAACGGGCACCGAGUGCUUCUCAGGCUCCACCGACGGGCAGGUCCUGUGGUGGGACAUCCGCAAGAUGUCGCAGCCCAGCGAGAAGCUGGUCUUGGACAUCACCAGGCAAGAUCAGCUCAAGGACGCUCUGGGUGCCAUCUCCCUGGACUUUGCACCCACCAUGCCCACCAAGUUCCUGGUGGGCACAGAGCAGGGCAUCAUCAUCUCCUGCAACCGCGACGCCAAGACACCGCCCGAGAAAAUCGCCAACAUCUUCAGAAGCCACAUCGGGGCUGUCUACAGGGUGACCAGGAACCCCUUCUUCCCCAAAGUCUUCCUGUCAGUCGGUGACUGGACUGCUCGCAUCUGGACUGAGGAGCUCAUGGAUUCAUCAUCAAUUAUGGAGACCAAGUACCACACCUCCUACCUGCUGGACGCCUGCUGGAGCCCCAUGAAGCCGGCCGUGUUCUUCACCGCCAGGUCGGACGGGACCCUGGACAUCUGGGACUUCCUCUUCCACCAGAAGGAACCUUCCCUCAGCCUCAAGAUGUCCAACGAUCCCCUGCUCAGCCUGUGCUCGCAGGACAACGGGCGCGUCGUUGCCUGCGGCACCAGGCAGGGCACUGUCUCCCUCCUGGAGAUCUCCCCAGGGCUCUGCACCCUCCGGAAGAACGAGAAGACCCUGACCUCCUCAAUGUUCGAGCGGGAGGCGAGGCGGGAGAAGGUCCUGCAGGACAAAUAUCGGGAGCGGCUGCUGCGGGAGCAGGAGCGGCUGCGGGCCCGGCCGGAGGAGCAGGAGGAUCCCCAGGAGGUGUUCAAGCAGGCCCGAGCAGAUUUCCUCUCCAACAUCAAGGCGGAGCGGCAGAGGAGGGGCCUGGAAGACCCCGGAGAGAAUUAAGAGGGUGAGGCAGCUGCACAGGAGGAAAGCCAGGAGGAAGAGUAGGAGCAUGCCAAGGUCAGUGUGCUCCAGCUGCACCUUCCUUUCCCCUCCGUGCCAGAGCUGCUGCAGGGACGAGGCCACUGUCCCCAAGCCAGGCAGCUCUCCUGGGCUCUCUGCCCUCCUGGGGUGGCAAGUGGGGCACCCUGCACAGCCCCCUGACCCCACAGCUGCUCCCUGGCCUUUGCAUCUUUAUUUUCUUUGGUGUGAAUAAACCGCUGCUUCCCACA